CUCUCUCUCUCUCUUUCUCUCGGACUUCGUCAAGGAUAUCCUAUUCAAAGUUAUCUAUGACACUAAGAGAGAAAAGAGACUCACUUUUAAAUUCUUUGUGAAAAAAAGGGAAGAAAAGGAAGAAUAGCUUGCAUCAGGGCCGGCUCAACUUGUUGGAGGCCUAAGGCAAAAGUUGAGUAAGGCGCUAAAUUUCACCCAGAAAAAAAGAUGGGACCGCGAGCAAGUAAAUUUGAUUAUGGGAGGGUCCAACAGGUUGAAGAUCUAGUCAGAAGCUUGGAAUAUGAAAAGAACCAAAUUGAAGCAAGAGUCAGAAAUUUAGAAUUUGUGAAAAAUCAAAAUGAAGAGAGAAUCAAAAGUUUGGAAUCUGCGAAAGAAAAAAGUAAAAAAGAAGAGGAAAUUUAUGGAGAGAGAAUCAAAAGCUUGGAAUCUGCAAAGGAAAAAAUUGAGAAAGAAGCAGAAAUUUAUAGAAAUAGAAUCAAAAGUUUGGAAUCUGCAAAGGAAAAAAAUGAGAAAGAUGUGGAAAUUUAUAGAGAGAGAAUUAAAAGCUUGGAAUCUGCUAAGGAAAAAAUUGAGAAAGAAGCCAAAAUGUAUAGAGAGAGAUUCAAAAGCUUGGAAUUGGAAGUUUACAGGGAGAGAAUCAAAAACUUAGAAUCUGUAAAGGAAAAAAUUGAGAAAGAAGCAGAAAUUUAUAAAGAAAGAAUCAAAAGCUUGGAAUUUGUGAAGGAAAGAAGUGAGAAAGAAGAGGAAAUUUAUAGAGAGAGAAUCAAAAACUUGGAAUCUACGAAGGAAAAAUGUGAUGGGUUUAUGCUAAAACUCUUGGAAUCGCUCCGUUUGGCAGAGGAAAGAUUUGUUAGGAUCAUCAAUAAUGUUGUUGACGAAGAAAAUUUUGAAAAAUGUACAAAAGAGAGUGAUGGGUUGGAAUUGAACGGAGAAUUGAAGGCAGUUUCAGAGGAGUUAAUGGCCGUCACAAAGCUUGCGGAAGUGGUUGAAUUGAAGGUGAAUGAGUAUAAAGAAUCAAGGAAGAAGGAGAAGAGGGAAUUGGAGAACAGUGUGGUAAGUUUGACGGAAGAGAAUAGGAAUAUAGAUAGUUUGCUUAGGACUGCUUUGGGGGAGAUGGAGGCUGUGGAGAAGAGCUUGAGUAGGUUGAAAGGGAACAGUGAGCAGAAUAGGGUGGCCAUUUUGCAGAUUGCAGAAAGUUCAGGGAGUAAGGUGGAUACUUCUAUGGCUAGUGCUGGGACUAAGUUAGAUGGCAGUGAGAGUGAAGAGGAGGUUGUAAGCCUGGCAUCAACUGUAGAAAGGAUAACGAAGAAUUUAAACCUGGAAAUCAGUCAACUGAGGAGGUCUUUGGAAGAAUCUAGGUCAAACACUGAGGACCUACAGAGUCUUACAGAGAAACAAGCUCAAGAUAUUGCUGAAAACAUGCUACAUAUCAGGGAGUUAGAAGAUAGAGAGUGGGUGUUGGCUAAAAAUGUUGAGGAACUCCUGAUGAAGGUAAAACAAACUGAAGCAGAGGUUGGCAGAUGGAGGGAAGCUUGUGAAUUAGAAGUUGAAGCUGGGAAACGUGAGAUUGAAGAACGUCACAAAGUGGUUGCCAUUCUCAGCCAAGAACUAGAGAAAACAAAGACUGCUUUAGACAUAUCAAAUCGCAAAUUAAAUGAAAAAGAAGAACUUGCAGCUGCUGCCAUGGCUGCCCAGUCAGCAGCAGAGAAGUCCCUGCAACUGGCUGACAGCGCAGCUGCAGGACUCCGCAAUCGGGUAGAAGAGCUGUCAAAACAAUUAGAAGAAGCAGAAAGCCGAGACCGGAACAGACGCAAGGCCAGACACAUACGUUGGCCACGGCGAGCACGCAAACCAAGUACUGCUUGUAUGAACAAUAGAGUGAAGACUGUAAAGAGGAUGCUGUCAAAAUGCAAGCCUUGGCGAGCACUCAAACCGAGUACUGCUACUAUGAACAAUAGAGUGAAGAAUGUAAGAACUAAGAAGGAUGCUGUCAAGAUGCAAGACUUGCUCCAUUAAUGUCUGAAACUCUAUAAUUUAUUUCAAUUCUUCCUUCUUCUCGAACUUUA